AGCAAGAGAGAGAGAGUCAUAAAUGCAAUAAUUACAGCUUAGCCAGAAAUAAGCAACACACUCUCCUGGUUCCACAGGUCGCCUGCGUAGCUAACAGCACUGUUGUCCUUCUGACUGGAGGAAGACAGGGCCACUUCUCUGUUCUCUGAGUUGUUAUUUGUACUGUACUCUUUCUUGGGAUUUAUUUUUCAACAGCAUUUUUUUCAGUUCUAAGCAUGGAUUUGCUCCUGGAUUCUGGCUAAUUAUUGAUAAUUCUUCCUUCCAGUUUCUCUCAACUCACUUUUUUUUUUAAAAAGGAAAAGGAAUCUUUUACCAUGUCUGUGACUGCCCUGUUCAGGGGCAAGUGGGGGCAGAAGUCACAUGAAACCCCAGAGAAGCAUCAAGCUGCUGUGGUUCAACCCAGCCAUGAGGAGGACGAUGAUGAGGAUGAAUCCUGUGUUGGUUUUAGCAGAGAGCCUAUCCGCAGGAACUCCCGCUUUUACCGGUCAAUGAGGAAGAAGAGGCUGGUCUCAUCUGAGCAGUCUGAAAAUCCAAAACUUCACUGCAAUGAUUACAAUUCUACAAGACCUAUUUUGGACCAUGGUCCAUGCAACAGAGCAGGAGUCUCCUCCUCUAAUGCUCCCUUACCACACAAAUCACCUUUGUUGCCUGGGACAAGACGACUUUCACCACAGCGCCAUCAUUCCAGAACUGUGUUGCCCAGCAAUGGUGAUGCCAGCAGCAGACAUGCCAACAGGGAUGCCGUGGAUAGGAGAAAAGGAGGAGUGGGAGGAGAGAGGAGUGUAGACAUAUCGGCUGCCUCCAACAGCCUGCAUAGAGAUGUUACAGCUGACAUGAUCAGUUACCAGACCCACAGCAUUUAUAGCGGAGACAUAAACAAGUUGUCUGAGCAAACAGCCACAGCUUGCACUGUACAGGAGAUCAGAGGAGAAACCAUGAGCUCACAACAGCCCAUUUCUGAUGGAGCAGACCGGGAUAAAUUCAACCUCAGGCUGCUGAGCAAUAGAGAGAGCUCCCAGACUAUCAGCCACAGCCUCAACAUCAUUAAAAACAUUGCCUGUCUGUACCAGGAAUACAGGGACACCUCCAAGCAGCAGGAGAUUGAGCAACGGCGGUGGCGUGAGAACCUUUCACCUGGGGUCACAGCAGGGUCUGUGGUGGCAAAAUCUGGUGUCAUGUCCCCCCCUGUGUUACAGCUGCAGCUGAGGAACAGUGAUCGCUCACUGAGCUUGUGGCAGAACCUGGAAGCUGUGCAGGCCAGCGGCCUACUCACCCAGCUACCGCAGAAAGAAAUCAUAAUGCAAGAGGCCAUGUUUGAACUUGUUUCCUCAGAAGCAUCCUACUACAAGAGUUUGGAAAUUUUAGAGACUCACUUCCUACGUAACCCACUUCUGAUCAACACUCUCAGCCAAUCCGACGUGCAUUUUCUCUUCUCUAACAUUGAGGAAGUCAUGACAGCCAGUGAAAGGUUCCUGAUGGAUCUUGAGCACCGAAUUGAGAAGUCUAUUUUGAUUUCUGAUGUGUGUGACAUUGUCAGCUACCACGCUGUGGAACACUUCAGUGUCUUCAUCAAAUACGUCAUCAACCAGGUGUACCAAGAGAAGAACUACAGACGCAUUUUGGAGGGAAACCAGGCAUUUCGGGAGGCCAUGGCAACGCUGGAGAACCAUCCACGUGUUAGGGGGCUGUCCUUUACUUCAUUCCUAAUCCUUCCUUUCCAGAGAAUCACAAGGCUCAAGCUGCUCGUACAAAAUAUCCUGAAAAAAGCAGAGGAAAACUCAGAGAGGGAAGCUAAUGCUAUUAAAGCCCAUCAGCAACUGGAACAGAUUGUGAAAGAGUGUAACGAGGGGGUGCGAAAAAUGAGUCGCACUGAGGAGCUAAUCAGCAUUGAGAAAACAUUGGAAUUUAAAUCCAAGUCUGUGCCCAUCAUUUCGCACUCACGCUGGUUGUUAAAGAAGGGGGAGGUGCAGCUAAUGGCUGGACCUAAGAGCACUAGGACGAUGCGGAGUCGUAAGCUCUACCAACCAGUCUACUUGUUCCUUUUUAACAAUCUGCUGCUGGUCACCAAGCGCAGCUCUAGUGGGGACAAGUUCCAGGUUCUUGAUUCAUGCACACGGGCUAUGUUGAGGACUGAAGAUCUUGAAGACCAGGGCCAACUACUGGCCAAUGUCUUUAAUCUUAAACUACUUGAAAACCAAGAGGAGCGUCCAGUCAGCUACAUGCUCAAGACCUCCAGUAUGAGUGAUAAGCUUCGAUGGAUGUGUGCUCUCACUCCUAACCGGCGCACACGCUUUACGUCUACUAAUGCCCAUCAAGCAGACUCUCCACAGGUGCAGUGUAUUCAGUCAUACUCAUCUCAAGAGCCUGAUGAACUCUCCAUUGAGAUGGCUGAUGUUUUGAACCUCCUAGAGAGAACAGACAAUGGCUGGAUGAUGGGUGAAAGGCUCCAUGACGGGGAAAGGGGCUGGUUCCCUUGUCGAGUAGUAGAAGAGAUCCAGAGCAAGGAGGUCCGAGCUCAGAACCUAAGGGAGGCCUUCAAGAUCCAGCAGGCCCAGGAAAGUGGAGGAGGCCUGCAAACUAGUGCCAAGAUUGGUUUAAGGGUGGGGAGACGUACCCCAAAGGUUUCUAAUUUGUGGGGGGGGGAGGGCAGUGAAGUAAAGCAGUGAAUCUGUAACAGUGAUGAAUGUCACCAUUCAGGGCCAUAUGCACUUAGAGAAAAAUAGUCAAGAUACAUGGUGGUCUCUGUUUGGUUAGGAGCUAUGUGUGGGGAUGGCAAGAACCCUAAACGUUCUUGUAAAGGUACUGUAAAUAUCCCUCAGCUGCAGGAGCAAGUUUUAUAACUGUUGUUUUAUUGUAAAAUACCUUUCAACACAUGUGUACCACACAAUCCCAAUACAAACAGUGAAGUGUCCUAAUAAAAUAAAUACAUAAAAUAGUAUUGUAUGAAAAUCACUAAUGAUUGUUUAAAAAGUUUGUGUAUAUGAAUAUUCAAAUGAGUGAAUCAGCCAAAGUGAUACUCCACCAGAAAUGUAUCUUAUCAGUGUGAAACACUGACUAUAGCCAGACUUGAUAGGUGGCUAUAAAGGUUGCUCUAUUAUGUAGAACAGUAUCAGUAGUCCGCUUGGCUACAAAAGUGUCAGUCCAUCCAAAAAAAUCAGUGGCAUCUGCUACUAAGGAUGGGUCCCAGUGCAUAGAUUUUUAAUGGGCCCUUUUUACCUUGAGAAUACUUAAAUUUAAGGAAAGACAGCAGCCGAUCAGGUCACACACUAAAACGUAUAGCCUACUCAUCUAAUAUACAUCCAGUGAGCCCUGUGCUGUGCAGAAUCAUUAAAAAUUGUUUUGAAUACUGAAAACACAUGCCCCCCACUGUCCAAACCUUUUCAUCAAUACAACACCAAGCGCCAUUGUUGUGCUAGAGCUUGAGGUUAUUCAAUCUGUCUCAUGGAAAGUGCUUUUAUGGUUAUGAAGGAAAGGUAAAUAUAUUAGUUUUCCCUCUGAUGUCUUACGGCAACUCUGCUUCAGCUCCCAAUGAGGUCACUGUGAGGUCUAUCUGUCCAUCAGGAAACUCCUUUACUUGUUGCUAACGCUACAGUAAGCUGUAGCUACAGCUAAUAUUGUCUCCAUAAAAUCUGAUCAAUCAAAAUCAUCGACUAAAGUUAGAAAGGAGUGGUUUAGUACAGUAAUCAGUGAGGCCCAGCCACCACAAACUUUUUUCUUUUUCUCAUGAACACAAGCUGACUGUAGCUAUACACCAACAGCCAUCUACUAAGCCCUUCAGUGUUUAAUACUCAAAAGAUAGAUUUUGUGUGGCAUAUCAUUUUAAAAUUGUCAAUUUAACAGGAGCACACACACACACACAAACACAAGGGAUAAAUCCUGUAAUAGCAAUUCAAUACCAAAUAUCUGCAAUAUGUCGUAAAUGUAUAAAAUGUAUAACACUAUGAACCUAACUUUGGAUCAGCAUGAUUGUAAAGCCUGUGUGUCUUUAAAUAUGGUGUACAGUAAUGCAAACAUUCAGUGUUUACAUAAUUACUAAAAUAAUUAUUUCAUUUUGUAAGAUGUAAAUUAUUAUUCAUAAAAAAGAUUAAUCAGA